GUGGGGGGGUUUGCUGAGGUCUGCAGUGGCGCUUCCCGGGUACCAAGAUCAGACGCCGCUGCCACCUCAGCCCGGCUGCUGGACCCCCGCCCUCACCCCGGACUCUCUUACCCGGGGAACCCAGGUCAGGUCUCCAGAGGUUCCUGGAAGAGAAGUAGGCGGUCCUUCCUCAGUUAUUCUGGCUCUCCAACUUAGCCCCACCAAGCUGGCUCCCCUUUCCCCUCCUAGUCCCCUCCCCCUCUCCCUUCCCCACUCAUCCUACUGAACUGAGUGUAGAUCAGAGCUCUUCCUUUUCCCUCCUAGACACUCACUGGACAGGUCCUAUUUUCUUUUAUUUUGAGCCCAAAGGUACUGGAACAUACAUCAUCUAAGUAACUGGCAGGUGGAGGGGGUCUUCUUGACUCCAUAAAUCCUUGAGCUAAAUUCUGAAAAAGAAGCAGAGAGUGAGGCAGAUCCAUUGAAGUGCCCCAAAGCCCCAUCAUGGAAGAAGGCUUCCGAGAUCGGGCAGCUUUCAUCCGUGGGGCCAAAGACAUUGCUAAGGAAGUCAAGAAACAUGCGACCAAAAAGGUGGCGAAGGGCCUGGACCGCGUUCAGGAUGAAUAUUCCCGAAGAUCCUAUUCCCGCUUUGAGGAAGAGGAAGAUGAUGAUGACUACCCUGCUCCUGCCGAUGGCUAUUACCGUGGAGAAGGGGCCCAGGAUGAGGAGGAAGGUGGUGCAUCUAGUGAUGCCACUGAAGGCCAUGAUGAGGAUGAUGAGAUCUACGAGGGGGAAUAUCAGGGUAUCCCCCGGGAAGAGUCUGGGGGCAAAGGCGAGAGGAUGGCAGAUGGGGCACCCCUGGCUGGAGUGAGAGGGGGCUUGAGUGAUGGGGAGGGCCCUCCUGGGGGCCGGGGGGAGGCGCAGCGGCGGAAAGAACGAGAAGAACUGGCCCAGCAAUAUGAAGCCAUCCUACGGGAGUGUGGCCAUGGCCGCUUCCAGUGGACACUCUAUUUUGUGCUUGGUCUGGCGCUGAUGGCUGAUGGUGUCGAGGUCUUUGUGGUGGGCUUUGUGCUGCCCAGUGCUGAGAAAGACAUGUGCCUGUCUGACUCCAACAAGGGAAUGCUGGGCCUCAUCGUCUACUUGGGCAUGAUGGUGGGAGCCUUCUUCUGGGGAGGUCUGGCUGAUCGACUGGGUCGAAGACAGUGUCUGCUCAUCUCACUCUCAGUCAACAGCGUCUUCGCCUUCUUCUCAUCUUUUGUCCAGGGUUAUGGCACUUUCCUAUUUUGCCGCCUCCUCUCUGGGGUUGGGAUUGGAGGGUCCAUCCCCAUUGUCUUCUCCUAUUUUUCGGAGUUUCUGGCCCAGGAGAAACGUGGGGAGCAUUUGAGCUGGCUCUGCAUGUUUUGGAUGAUUGGUGGAGUGUACGCGGCUGCUAUGGCAUGGGCCAUCAUUCCCCACUACGGCUGGAGUUUUCAGAUGGGUUCUGCUUACCAGUUUCAUAGCUGGAGGGUCUUUGUCCUUGUCUGCGCCUUUCCUUCUGUGUUUGCCAUUGGGGCUCUGACCACGCAGCCUGAGAGCCCCCGCUUCUUCCUGGAGAAUGGGAAGCAUGAUGAAGCCUGGAUGGUGCUGAAGCAGGUUCAUGAUACCAACAUGCGGGCCAAGGGGCAUCCUGAGCGAGUAUUCUCAGUAACCCACAUUAAGACAAUUCAUCAGGAGGAUGAGUUGAUUGAGAUUCAGUCGGACACAGGGACCUGGUACCAGCGCUGGGGGGUCCGAGCCUUGAGCCUGGGGGGGCAGGUUUGGGGGAAUUUUCUCUCUUGUUUUGGUCCAGAAUAUCGGCGUAUCACUCUGAUGAUGAUGGGUGUAUGGUUCACCAUGUCAUUCAGCUACUAUGGUCUGACUGUCUGGUUUCCUGACAUGAUCCGCCAUCUUCAGGCUGUGGACUACGCAGCCCGCACCAAAGUGUUCCCUGGGGAGCGUGUAGAACAUGUGACUUUUAACUUCACUCUGGAGAAUCAGAUCCACCGAGGGGGGCAGUACUUCAAUGACAAGUUCAUUGGGUUGCGUCUGAAGUCAGUGUCCUUUGAGGAUUCACUGUUUGAAGAGUGUUAUUUUGAGGAUGUCACAUCCAGCAACACGUUCUUCCGUAACUGCACAUUCAUCAGCACUGUGUUCUAUAACACUGACCUGUUUGAGUACAAGUUUGUGAAUAGCCGUCUGGUAAACAGCACAUUCCUGCACAACAAGGAGGGCUGCCCACUAGACGUGACAGGGACGGGCGAAGGUGCCUACAUGGUGUACUUUGUCAGCUUCCUUGGGACACUGGCUGUGCUUCCUGGAAAUAUCGUGUCUGCCCUGCUCAUGGACAAGAUUGGCAGACUCAGAAUGCUCGCUGGCUCCAGUGUGAUGUCUUGUGUCUCCUGCUUCUUCCUGUCUUUUGGGAACAGCGAGUCAGCCAUGAUUGCUCUGCUCUGCCUUUUUGGGGGGGUCAGCAUUGCAUCUUGGAGCGCGCUGGACGUGUUGACUGUUGAACUCUACCCUUCGGACAAGAGGACCACCGCCUUUGGCUUCUUGAAUGCCCUGUGUAAGCUGGCAGCUGUGCUGGGAAUCAGCAUCUUCACAUCCUUUGUGGGAAUCACCAAGGCUGCCCCCAUCCUCUUUGCCUCAGCUGCCCUUGCCCUCGGCAGCUCUCUGGCCCUGAAGUUGCCCGAGACCAGGGGGCAGGUACUGCAGUGAGAGGGUCUUUGGGGAUGGCAGGCACACUGUGAGACCAACAACUCCUUCUUUCCCUCCCUGCCCUGCCAUCCUGGACCCCAGAAUCCCUCACUUCCCAGUUCCCUGUUUUGUGUCUUAGCCGUGUGUGCGUGUGUGUGCAUGUGUGUGAUCCCCGUGGGCAGGGACUACAGGGAAGGCUCCUUCACCCCAGUUUUGGGAUGAAGCACUACUCCUCACCUACCACCCUUGAUUUUGCACAAGAGAAGGCUCAACCCACCCUUCUCUCUCCUAGUGUUAGUGAGGGGCCCUUGCUUCCCUGCUCCAGAGGUUCCAGAACAGGCUUCCUAUCUUCCCCCUCAUCCCCUCAGCCUAGGUCCUUGUGAAACCAUGGGUAUUCAGUUAUAUUGAAGGUUGAGGCUUGAGUGUAAAUCAUGGACCAAAAGAACUUCUUAAAAUCAGAAGGGUCUUGGAUGCCCUCUCACACCUCCUGAUGGAUGCUGGGGGAGAAGCAAUAAACCUCAACCCUCUGGCCUCCACUUUUCCCUUAAUUUGGGCUACAAAUAUGAAGCCUGAAUUUUAUAAAAUUAACUUUCUGAUUCUUAUUUAUUUAUAUAUUAAGUUCUGAGGCAGCUUAGCAGAACUUUGUGUGUGAAUAUGUGUGUAACUUAUGUGUGUGUAUGUGCCAUGGGGUGGGGUGUCACUAUACUGUCCUAAAAUAUAAGCCAAGGGUAAUUUCAACGGACACACACACACAACCCUGCCUCCCAUAGUACUUCCCCUAAUCUUGUAUCUGUGUUAGGCCUGGAAGGGAGGAACCCUGGGCCAGGUGGGGUGAGUUUUGCAUUCUAGAGAGACCUGAGGGCACCUGAUGAGGCCCAUCUCUUCCCUUCCUCUCAAACCUGGGCCUCUUCUGGAGUAAGAGGCUCCACCCCUAGCACAGGGAGGAAGAACAAAGUUCUCUCCCACUUCCAUCCCCAGUGUGUUCCCUCACUGGCAGGGGAGCAGGGGAGGAAAGGAAACCAGGCAUAUGGUCAAACCAGCAGAUCAAAAAGCACAAGGAGUUGGGGCAGGGGCAGGAAGCAGGGGCCCUCCUGGCAUCUUCUCUAAAAGUGGGGAGAGGUUCAGCAGCAAGUGAGGGACCCCUAAUGCAGGGACCAGAAGCCUCAGUUUCCCCAUCUCACCUUUCCACACAAUAGCCUCUGUAGGUUAAGCUGCCCCAUCCUAUCCUAUUCUGUGUGGCUGCUUUUUUUGGUGCCCUCUUCCCACCCCUACCGUAGCUGUGAUGUGUUGUAGUUUUUAGCUGUUUGUAAAAUGUUUAAAAAAAGUUAAAAGGAAAAAAGUGAAAAUAACAACAAAAAAGAAAAUCUAAUUUCACCUUCCUCAUGCUGCGUCUGGUGCCCUCACCCUGUGGUCACUCUUCCAUUUUGUAACACCGAACUAGGUGGUGACUCUAACUCUUUGGUGUCUGUGCUCAAAGGAUUGCCUUCUCCUCCAGUGCCCAGAGUACGAGUGUGUGCCCCCUUCCCUCACCCUUCACUUGCUGGACGUAGCCCCCUUUCCUGUACCCUCCAGGAGACCCAUCCAUCUUCCUCACUCUCCUGGGGAACCCUAAACCCAUCUCUGUUGAUGUGAAAAAUGAACAAUACUGGUGAAAAAUAAAAGAAAAUAAAUCCUCA